AUGGAGCUCCACCCGCCGCUGUUGCAACCUUUCCUCUUACUGCUGCUGCUGCUGCCGGCGGUGCCGGCGGUGCCCGAGACUGGCGGGUCCUGGCAGUGCCGACGCAUCCCGUAUGCUGCUUCCCGCGACUUUGCUGUGGAGUAUUCGGUGCCCAGCUUCUUCGCGGGCGGUCCGGUACAAGCCGUUGCAACCUACGAGGGCGGCACAGAAGGGAGUGCGGUGUUCGUGGCCACACGCAAUCGCCUGCAUGUGCUUGGACCUGAUCUAAAGCCAGUUGAGAGCCUGGCUACCGGCCCUGCUGGGGCCCCUGGCUGCCAGACGUGUGCAGCCUGUGGCCCAGGCCCCCACGGCCCGCCGGGAGACACAGAUGCGCAGGUUCUGGUGUUGGAACCGGCGCUUCCCGCACUGAUCAGCUGUGGCUCCAGCCUUCGUGGCCGCUGCUUCUUGCAUGAGCUAGAGCCAGGCGGGACAACCCUGCACCUGGCGCCACCGGUCUGUCUUUUCUCAGAGCACAAUAGGCCAGAGGACUGUCCUGACUGUGUGGCCAGCCCUCUGGGCACCCUCGUGACCUUGGUUGAGCAGGGCCAGGCGUCCUAUUUGUACGUAGCAUCCUCACUGGAUUCGGCGGUGGCCGGCAGCUUCAGCCCACACUCGGUGUCCAUCCGGCGGCUCAAGGCCGACGUUUCGGGAUUCGCAGCAGGCUUCGCAGCGCUCUCGGUGCUGCCUGAGUACCUCGAUUCCUACCGCAUCGAAUACGUGUACAGUUUCCACGCCGGAGCCUUCGUCUAUUUCCUGACCGUACAGCCCACCGACGUGGCAGCUGCUCCUGGCGCCUUGCACACGCGCCUGGCACGGCUCAGCGCUGUCGAGACCGACCUGGGCGACUACCGAGAGCUGGUCCUUGACUGCCAUUUUGCCCCUAAACGCCGGCGACGCAUGGCCCAUGAGGGAGGGCAGCCCUACCCGGUGCUGCGGGCAGCCCACACUGCUCCAGUGGGUGGCCAUCUGGCCGCUGAGCUGAGCAUCCCUGAGGGCCAGGAAGUGCUCUUCGGGGUCUUCUCAGCUAGCAAAGACAGCAGCCCAGGUGCAGAUCCCAACUCUGUGGUCUGUGCGUUCCCCGUCCACCUGCUGGACACUCUCAUCGAGCAGGGCGUAGAGCGCUGUUGUGAGCCUCCGGUCCCUCCCGGCCUCCGGCGAGGGCUGGACUUCUUCCAGUUGCCCAGUUUUUGCCCGGAUGCGCCUGGUCUGGGGGCCUCCAGCCCCAACAUCAGCUGCCGCCACUUCCCUCUGCUCGUCAGCAGCAGCCUCUUACGGGUGGACCUAUUCAAUGGGCUGUUGGGACCAAUGGAGGUCACGGCACUGUACGUGACGCGCCUCGACAACGUCACAGUGGCCCACAUGGGCACAGCCGACGGGCGCAUCCUGCAGGUGGAGCUGGCCAGAUCUCUCAACUACUUGCUGUACGUGUCCAACUUCUCACUGGGCAGCAACGGGCAGUCCGUGCAUCGGGGUGUCAGACGCCUUGGGGACCACCUGCUCUUUGCCUCUGGGGACCAGGUCUUCCAGGUACCGAUCCGGGGCCCUGGCUGCCGCCACUUCCUCACCUGUGGGCGCUGCCUGCGGGCACAGCGUUUCAUGGGCUGUGGAUGGUGUGGGGGCAUAUGUGGCCGGCAGAAGGAGUGUCCUGGCUCCUGGCAACAGGACUAUUGCCCACCGGAGCUUACUGAGUUCUAUCCCCGCAGUGGACCCCUAAGGGGCAGCACAAGGCUGACCCUAUGUGGCUCCAACUUUUACCUGUACCCUGCUGGUCUGGUGCCUGAAGGCACCCAUCAGGUCACUGUGGGUCGAAGCCCCUGCCGACUGUUACCAAAAGGCAACUCAGACCUCAGCCGACUGUCCCGGAAGGACUUCAUAGAGGAUUUUGAGUGUGAGCUGGAGCCCUUGAGCACGCAGGUAGCCGGGCCUGCCAACGUCAGCCUCACUGUGACCAACAUGCCACUGGGCAGGCACUUCCGGAUAGAUGGCACUUCCUUGCUAGGAGGCUUCUCUUUCAUGGAGCCAGUGCUGACAGCAGUCCGACCCUUCUUCGGCCCUCGGGCAGGAGGUACCUGCCUCACCCUUGAAGGCCGAGGCCUGUCUAUUGGCACUAGCCAGGCUGUGCUGGUCAAUGGGACUGAGUGCCCGCUGAAACAGGUCAGCGAGGGGCAGCUUUUAUGCACCACGCCCCCUGGGGCCGCUACUGCCAGCGUUCCCAUUCGCCUGCAGGUAGGGGGCGCCGAGGUGCCUGGCUCUUGGAACUUCCACUACCGGGAAGACCCUAUCAUCCUGGGCAUCAGCCCCAAAUGUGGCUAUAGCGGCUCCCACGUCACCAUCCGUGGUCAGCAUCUGACUUCAGCAUGGCACCUCACGCUGUCAUUCCAUGAUGGGGUCAGGGCAGUGGAGAACAGGUGUGAGGGGCAGCUCCCGGAGCAACACAGGUGCCGCCUGCCCGAAUACGUGGUUCGAGGUCGCCGAGGGUGGGUGACAGGGAACCUGAGUGUCCGUGGGGAUGGAGCUCCUGGCUUCACACUGCCUGGCUUUCGCUUCCUGCCUCCACCCCACCCACCCAGCAAGGGCCUGGCCCCCCUGAAGCCUGAGGAGCAUGCCAUUAAGUUUGAGUACAUCGGGCUGGGCACUGUGGCCGACUGUGUGGCUGUGAAUGUGACUGUGAGUGGCAAGAGCUGCCAGCACGAGCUGCGGGGGGAUGUGGUGGUCUGCCCCCUGCCCCCCUCCCUGCAACUUGGCAAGGAUGGUGCUCCACUGCAGGUCUGCGUGGAUGGUGGGUGCUCCACCCUGGGCAAAGUAGUACGUCCAGGUCUGGAAGGGGUCCCCCAGAGCACGCUCCUCGGGGUCCUCCUGGCUCUGCUCCUGCUUGUGGCUGUGCUGGCUGCCAUACUGGUCCUCAGUUACCGCCGGAGGAAGCAGCUAGUUCUUUCUCGGAACCUGGAAGACUUGGCCUCCCUGGACCGGACCACUGGAGCCAUGCCUCUGCCUCUGCUCCGCUCAGGCUCUGACUACAGAAAUGGCCUUGCCCCUCCUAUCACUGGCCAGGAUUCCUCCACUCAGGUCCACAGAAUAUCCUCCUCAGACAGCGGGGAUGGGUCCCGUGUCCCAUUGCUGCGGAAAGGAUCCAUCCAGCUUGGGGAUCUGGACUCUGUGCUCCUGGCUGAGGUCAAGGAUGUACUGAUUCCCCAUGAAAGUGUGGUCACCCACGCUGACCGAGUCAUUGGUAAAGGCCAUUUUGGAGUUGUCUACCAUGGAGAAUACACAGACGAGGCCCAGAAUCGAAUCCACUGUGCCAUCAAGUCCCUGAGUCGCAUCACAGAGGUGCAAGAGGUGGAGGCCUUCCUGCGCGAGGGGCUGCUCAUGCGCCGUCUGCACCACCCAAAUGUGCUGGCUCUCAUCGGCAUUGUGCUACCCCCGGAAGGGCUGCCCCGUGUGCUGCUGCCUUACAUGCGCCAUGGAGACCUGCUGCAGUUCAUCCGCUCACCCCAGCGGAAUCCCACAGUAAAGGACCUCAUCAGCUUCGGGCUGCAGGUGGCCCACGGCAUGGAGUACCUGGCCGAGCAGAAGUUUGUGCACCGGGAUCUGGCUGCUCGGAACUGCAUGCUGGAUGAGUCAUUCACGGUCAAGGUGGCUGACUUUGGUCUGGCCCGUGAUGUCCUGGACAAGGAGUACUACAGUGUCCAGCAGCACCGCCACGCUCGCCUGCCUGUCAAGUGGAUGGCGCUGGAGAGCCUGCAGACCUACAGAUUCACCACCAAGUCCGACGUGUGGUCCUAUGGUGUACUGUUAUGGGAGCUGCUUACGCGGGGUGCCCCUCCAUACCCUCACAUCGACCCUUUCGACCUCACUCACUUCCUGGCCCAGGGUCGGCGCCUGCCCCAGCCUGAGUAUUGCCCAGAUUCUCUGUACACUGUGAUGCAGCACUGCUGGGCGGCGGACCCCACGGCGCGACCCACCUUCGGAGAGCUAGCAGGGGAAGUGGCACUCGUGGUGGCUGCGCUGCGAGGGGACCACUAUGUGCAGCUGCCCGUGGCCUACAUGAACGUGGGCCCUGGUGCCCCUGACAAGGCAAUCAUGCCCUCGGAACAGUCACCAUCCCCAACAGUGCACAGGAGCCCAGGGCGGCCCCGGCCCCUCUCAGAGCCACCGAGGCCCACGUGACCUCAGCCCCAGGAGGGCCUUGGGGCUUGGACCUGCAUAGCGCUGGCAGUUACCCCAAGCUGCUUCUGGGCUGGUCUCUGCCAUGUCCUGGUCCCUUCACCUUCAGGGGAACAGGAGGACUGCAAGGCAUAUUGGUCUCUUGCUUCUCAGGGGGAGCCAGUGCAGGGAUCCUUGAUGCAGUAUUUAUGAGGUGUCUGCUGCGUGCCUGGCUGCUGGGCACAGGGGACUCAGUGGUGACCACUGGCCCUUAAAUCAGUAAAUGAACAAAUGAA